AUGAACGCCAGCACUGAUUCCGUACGUAAUCAUUCAAUCAGUUGCCGCGGAAGAUUUAAGGAGUAUUUCUUGGAGAACACUGUCAUUAGUUUGUUCUCCAUCGCCCUGAACUUAGGAUCCUGUCCUGUUAUAAUAAUGAUGAACGUGUUGGUGAUCGUCGCGAUUAAAACAAGACGCAGAUUACAGUCCGAGUACAACAUACUACUGGCUUGCUUAGCGGGAACAGAUCUGGCGGUGGGCUUGGUUUCCCAGCCGUUAUUCAUCGCACAAGAAAUCCUCUUCCUGUCGGGUGCAUCGCUGGUUGAUUAUUGUAACUUCUUCAGGAAGACAGUUUUUGUUUUUCUUGUUCCAUGUAUUGAAUCGUUGCUGAUCUUAGCUAUACUGAGUACUGAGCGUUAUUUAGCCAUGAAGUAUUCUCUUAGAUAUGCUAGCAUCGUGACCACUCCCAGGUUAAUUGGCGCCGUCGUUUGUAGUUGGCUUAUUUCAACCAGUUCUUUAAUUUUCUGGUUAAUACCAGCAACGCGUUCCGUGCUUUCAGGACUGCUUGUUUAUGCAACUGUUUUUCCAGCCGCUUUAAUUAUCAUUAGCUGUCACACUAAAGUCUAUUUUGUUUCACGCCGUCAUAUGAAUCAGAUCAAAACACAACGGCUCCCAAGCGAAACGAAGGCCAAAUUCUUAGAGGAAAGGAAAGCUUUGAAAACUACUAGUAUAAUAAUCGCCUUUCUGUUCCUUUCAUAUGUGCCAGGCAUUUCACACGGGGUAAUCAAACUUACCGGAGUCCAACCCAGGAAUUACUAUGAAAAGCAGUUAGAUUGGGUGGCAAUCGUUUUUUUGUGUAAUUUUUUGAACUCGUUAUUUAAUCCUCUUAUUUACUGUUGGAGAAACAAAGAUCUGCGUAAAGUUAUGAUGGAACUGUUAAACAUCAGACAAAAUGGAAACUAAGUUAAAAUGACGUCAUCGCACGUUCAAGGGUAUAACGACGACGGCGACGACGACGAUUUUCAACUUCACUGUCUACUCGAAUCCUCUCAGGAACAUCUAACAUUUUUCGAUUUUAUCUAUAAUGAUCAGUUCUUUUUAUGUUCUUUUGUAAAUUAUCCUUAAGUUACAAUACAAUGUUGACUUGAGUAAAUUUGAUUGUAAACUAUAUGCAGUGAUCUGUGAUAUUAACUUUGUGAUCUGAAAGAAAUUACAUAAGGAAUAUUUUUUUCGUAAUGUAUGAGCAUUGCCUUACAGGAUUUUAACUUUGGAGUUAGUCUGACUCAUAGCGCAUAAUCCCUACGCACAAGUCUCGCUCGCGCGGUAUGCAGCUUUUCUCGGUUCUGCAAGAUCGGCGCGUGCUUCGCUAUUUAUCUAAUCGUUGUAAGGUUGGUUAGAAAAUCUAGUUACUUUGCCUUUUAUUUUAAGCUUUAGUGGACGAUUCAGUGGAAAAGGCGUUACCUAUGAUUAAAGCUGAAUGCAUUGCUUACUGAAAGUACAACAUCUUUUGAUACAGCAAACCUUAAAAAAACCUAGAAAAUGACCGGCAACUCGGGUCUGCGUAGCCGGAAUGUACCGUUCCAUUGGGCACAUGGAAUUUAUAACUUUCAAACCGGAAUUUUUGAUGAAUAGAAAGCGCCCAGUGUGAACCGGAAAUUUCAGUUCUUAUUUUGACAUUAAUGCAACCGCCUAAUUUUUUCGCUGUCUUUUAGCCUUAUUUGAUAAAAUUGUUUUUUCGUCAGUCUUAGAGGAAAAAUCCAUAGAAUAUUAAGUAAGUAUAAUUCUUUAUCUCUUUUGUGAAUUAUCAAAUGUAUUUUUUUUAUAUUUCGUGUUUUUUAAACGGCUUUUUUCAUUGCAGCGCGUAUUGCCAUAGAUUAUCUUCGUCAUACUAUAUUCAGAAUCAAUUCAGUAUCAAUCAUCCUAUUGAGUGAAAGUAAUUGAAAACACAACUCACAAAACACAGGGGAGCUUUUAAGUGCUUAAACUGAUGAUGUUUGUUUGAAAAUGGCCCAAUAUCCAGGAAGGAUUAUGUACUUCACAUUUUCUUGAAGGACUUACUAAUUAAAAAUGAUGAGAGAUUUGCAAGGCAUUUUUGUCGAGGAUCAGGUAAACCGACAAGAAGUACCUUCUAUUAACGUGUGGCAGCAUAAUCCGUGGAUUCAGUGGGGAGUAUGGAGCGUUUCCAGAAUCAUCGGGAAGAAUGGAUGAAUUAUAGUGACCAAUUUCUAAGCCUCCGAAUCACAUCUGAUUAGUUCAGUUUUGGCCUUUUUUUUCUCGCUUUUGGUACUUAGAACCAUGAAUGACUUAACAAAAGAAUAGGUGCCCAUAUCUUUCUUUUGAGAGGCGAUUUAUUAUCGAGGUUUGCUCUGAACUAAUAUAGGCUUUAAUUUUAAAUUUAAGAGUAUUUUUUAAUCGCUCAUUAAAUACCGCCUUCCGCUUUUAUGGGUAAUGUGUGUAUUUGAAAGAAGACGUCCUUUUCCCUUAAUCUCUUGUAAUUCGUCUUCAACUUUCUUUUUUUAAAGACUGUCGUCAUUGUAAUUCUAAAUUUGCAUAAAAGAAAUCACAGGUAAUGAAGGAUUUAUUUUUGCCUGAUAUCAGCUUUCAAAACUGUUAACGGCUUUUUCAGUGACUUUGGGCAUGAUGUAUUGAUCUAUCUGUCACUUUAUCAACGUUCAGAGUCGUUUCACUCUGCUUAGUCGAUGUUUACUUAUAUAAUUACAAGUUGAAAAAUAUUAACUCCUUCAAAGACAGUGACAUUCUCAAGAAAAAUGGAGAUGAACGUUAACGUCAGUCAGAAUUCUGCACUUAACGUAUCAAUUAUUUGCCGCAGUAGAGAAGAAGAGUAUAUAUACAUUUUGGUGAACACUAUCGCAAGCUUGUUUUCUAUCACGCUGAACUUAGGAUCAUGCCCUGUUAUCAUCUUCAUGAACGUGUUGGUGAUCGUAGCGAUAAAAACACGACGCAGAUUACAGUCCGAGUACAACAUACUACUGGCUUGUUUAGCGGGAACAGAUCUGGCGGUGGGCUUAGUUUCACAGCCGUUAUUCAUCGCACAAGAAAUCUACUUUCUGUCGGGUGCAUCACUGGUGGAUUAUUGCCGCUUCUAUAGACGAAUAGUUUUCGUUUAUCUUGUUCCAUGUAUUGAAUCGUUGCUGAUCUUAGCUAUACUGAGUACUGAGCGUUAUAUAGCCAUGAAGUAUUCUCUUAGAUACGCUAGCAUCGUGACCACACCUAAGUUAUUUGGCGUUGUAGUUUGUAGUUGGUUUAUUUCAACUAUGUCUUUCAUUUUCUGGAUAAUACCAGCGACACGUUCUACGCUUUCAGGACGUCUUGUGUAUCUAACUGUUACUCCUGCCAUUUUAGUUAUUAUGUUUUGUCAUACAACAGUUUAUUUUGUUUCACGCCGACAUAUGAAUCAGAUCAAAACUCAACAGCUUCCAAGCGAAACGAAGGCCAAAUUCCUCGAGGAAAGGAAAGCCUUGAAAACCAUCAGUAUAAUUCUCGCUUUUCUAUUUUUUUCAUAUAUACCAGGCAUUUUGGACGGCUUGUUUAGGUUAACCGGUAUCCUCCCCAAGAAUCAGUAUGAAAAGCAGAUACGUUUAUUGCCUAUAGCAUUUUUGUGCGUGUUUUUGAACUCACUGUUUAAUCCGCUGAUAUACUGCUGGAGAAACAAAGAUCUACGUAAAGUUAUGCUGGAACUGAUCAAGAUCAGACAACAUGGAAGAUGACUUAAAAUGACGGCAUUGCUUAGCUGUAGUUUAUGUACAUGGUUUACAAGUACGAAGGGACUGGUCGUUUAUUAUCUAUGAGGAGCGGGGGGGAGGCAGGGCAUGGGGUGGGGAUUUGACAUUUUUCAAAAAUUUGCAGUCAAAUUCCCUGCCCAUGGGCAAAUCAUUCCAGUCAAUUGCAACCAAAUUUACGCACCCCGUGCUGCACAUUGCUGUCAAAUAUCCGAAGGCAGAACCCAAGAAACGCACAAUAAAAAUAUCUCCAAAUAAAACUCUGCAAUCUUUAUUUAUAUUACGUUGGUGCAUCACCAGUACAUGUUCAGUUACAGCUGCAAUUAUACAUUUUAACCAUAAUCCAUGUUACACUGCAUAGAAUACAGAAACCUUUAGGAGAAAGUCCACAUUUUGUAAGUUUGAAUAUACCGUUCUUAGUAAAGGGUACAAAGAAAGUCAAUUUUAUAAGCUUACAGUGAUUGUAGGGAAUGAGCCAUACAUGCACUGAUCAAUUAUACCAGCAAAAAUGGACUUGGUUUCUCGUUACUUCCGUUUACUUUGAUACCACAGUAUCUUAAGAAGUUCAAUUGAUCAAAAGCACGCUAAAACACAUGAUACGAAAUUUGAAGACAAAACAGUGAAAUCCACUCAGCUUUCGCUUGUUCUCGUUGGCCUCCAUGAUUUCCAGAUCUUUCCAGACCGUACGGCGCAUGCGUGAAGCGUGGAAGUGGGAAACAUAUGUUCGGUCUCUGUCUUUUUCGUCCGAGUCGUCAGUCUCCACGUCGGGCGAGGAAAGAUUCAAAUAUCCCCUCCCCUGGGAGAACAAGAUCAGUCAAAUGCCCUUCCCCAGGGCCAACAACGGCAAUCAAAUCCCCACCCCAUGCUCUACCUCCCCGCCCCGCCGGCAUAAUAUUGAUAGGUGCAUUGAAGUUCAGUUUCUUUAAUGUCUGCGAAAAGAUGCAACAUCACGGGCGUUCUUUACGAAUGCUUGCAGUCGGUUUCAGAUUUGAGAGAUAAAAGUGGGGGAUCCAGGGGAGGGACCCGGGGCCCCGGCCUCCCCCCUUAUCUUUAGACCAAACUGAGGUCCGAAGGGCCGAAGAAAAUUUUCUGUGAGACCGGCUUUCCCCCCCUCCACCUUAUUUCAGGGUCUGGAUAAUAUAUGCAUAAACGAAUCAUGAAAAAACUUAAUAUUGAAAGGACUUUGUUCUACAUUCAGCCCAUUACUUCUAAGAUCGUAAGGUUUGACCGAGGUUUAAGUAAAUUACCUAUAUGACAUGAUCCAUUUCGAUCCAUUCUCCUUAAAACAUUUAAAGAAUAUUGUCAGUGAUUCAGUUCUAUACGUCUGUGUUCAAGUGAAUUCAUAUCUUCGAUCUUGAAAAGAGACUUAAAAUCAGAAUUUUUUCCAGUGUUCAUUAUUGCUCCUAACCCGUAAUGAUUAUCAUCUUCCAAUUCUUAUUCCAAUUCUUUUAACGCCGAUAACUAACGAAUUACAAUAUUCAAAAUGCGACAAUUCAAAGCUCUUGUAAAGGACCAAUAAAGUAUUUGUUGGAACUAAGCGCUUAAGGCGUCGAAGUGUAGUUAACUUAGCGUAUGCUUUCUUUAGCAAUAUAUAUUCUUAUAAAUCUUAUAGUGUUCUUUGAUGGAGAUGCCAUCAAAUUCUAGGUUAUAAAAGUAGGAUGAGUUUCCAAGGCCGAUCAUCUUUUGUGUCUAGUCCCCAUUGGCAUGAAGAUAAUUGUGGUCAAGCCAGGAUGAAAUACUUUCCAUGUCUUUAUUUAAGGUGUAUUGAAACACAAUUGGGCUGUUGUCCCCCGCAUAUUGGGUAGUGUCGUCUGCGUAGCGGCGGAGUGACGAGAAGGGAACGGUUUCGUUCAUGUCUGUUAUAAAAAUGUUAAACAAUAAGGGACUAAGGAGACUGCCCUGAGAGACACCACAGCGUGGAGGUGACCUGUUAGAGCAUGAAUCGUUGCAUAUUAGCCUUUGUUUGAGGUUAUCAAAAUAUGAUCUUAUAAUUUGAUCGGGCUGGCUCUAGUACGCCCUAUGGUUUUAAUUUUGCAAGGAGCAAAUUGUGGCAAAUGCAGUCGAAAGCCUUUGAAAGAUGGCAGCCACACUCACAUCUUUCUUUUCAUCAAGAGCGCGUCUCCAAUCAUGAUCUGUUAAUUUGAUCAACGCUGUAGCGCAAGAAUGUCCCUUGAGAAAGCCCGACAUAUUACGUGAGAAAUUUGAUGCAAAGGAAGGGUACAGUUGAUCAAACAUCACUUUUUCGAAAAGCUUGGAGACUGCGGAGAGGGAACUUAGAGGUCGGUAAUUAUUUUUUUUGUCGCUUCACCCUUUUUGUGGAAAGGGGUGACAUUGCUCUUUUUUCAUCUGCUGGGCAGAGCCCUAAUGCGAAUACAGAUUGGCUAGUGGAGAGGCUAUGGCUGAAGCAGAUACUUUUAGCAUUCUAAAACUUUCUACUUUUAGAUAUUUGGUGAGGAACCAUCAGGGUCGGUAUAUUUCUCAGCAUUUAUCUUUAAUAAGCAACCUGUUACGUUUUCUGUAGUGAUUUCCAUAAAAGCGAAAUCAACUCGAUACGAUUUGCCCUUAGUUGUUAUAAUGCUCGGAUGGUUAUCGAAGUCCUCUUCCUUUUUAUGUAUUCUUGGGUUCACAAAGAAGUCGUUGAGUGUAUCCCCAAUGCUGGAAUCAGAAAUGAGUUUCCGUCUUCGUCUUGAAGAGGUGGAUAUUGCUAGUUCCAUCAAUGUUGGAUUUAUUGUUUGGAAAAGGGGUUUCAUCUUUUUCCAGCAUCUAAGAGAGAAAGAGGAAAGCAUUCCUAUCCCAAUUUUUCACGAAUCUAGACUCUCGCUUUAGGUAGGGGUGUAGUAUGAUAAAGUUUUUCAAGGGAGAAUAACAUGUUUAUUGUGCCAAGUUUCUUGGAUCAUAAUUAGCACUAAAUGUGCAAAACAUUUGGCGGGGAUACACUGGAGCAAGAUUACGUAAAGGUUUCAAAACCAAGAUGGCCUUAUGCUUUUGUCUGUUGGAGAUCAAGUUUUCCCACACAAGUGGGUGUAGAAGUGGAGAAAAACUAACAACACACCUCUAUUUUGUUAUGACCCGGGCGAUACGAUUUAAAAGCUUCUGAAGUUUCCUAAUUAAUUGAUUAUUUUGUGCCAUCCCAGACUGUGUAACAAUAAUCAAAAUGUGGCUGCACGAGGGAAUUAUAAAUAUUUUUAGCCGUAUGAUACGAAUGGCCUAAGUCUUUUUAGGGCGCCAAUGCCAGAGAAAUUUCGUCUACGCAGUUUUUCCAGGUCAAAUUGUCAUCUAUAAGAACAUCCAAUGAUUUAGCUUUCUCAACUUGGUUAAUAUUUUCCCCUUCGAUUUGGAUUUGUUUUUGCAUUGCUUACUGCCUUGCAGCGGUAAUCUUUGGCGAGUACAAAUCAAGAUAAAUUUAGUUUUGGCAACAUUUAGACUUACUUGUUCGCCAGGAGCCAAAUUUUUAUUUUUUUUAAUUCGCUCGUCAUCUCCCUUCCACGGACAUUCAAGUCAGAAGCAGCCGAAGUAAUAUCGGUAUCAUCAGCAUACAUUCUAGAGGCAGCCUUCUCUAGACAAUUUGGUAGCGGAUAGUUAAUAUAUAUUAGAAAAAGUAACAGUCCUAAGAUGGAGCCUUGAGGAACUCUACAAGUGAUUCGUUUCGCUUGUGAUAAAUGACCGUUAAACUUACACUUCUGGCUUCGAUUGCUUAAAUACGACUCAAACCACUUUUAAGAGUUCCUGUUGAUACCAUAAAUAGAAAGCUUACGCAACAUCUCUUAAAGAGCUUUCACCACAAGUUCUAAACGACUACCUUUCGAAAGUCAUCUUUAGCCUAGGAAAAAAAGAUAGCUCUGACUAUGAAACCACAAGUUUAAGAGGAUUUCUUUCAAGUAUCCAGAGAUAUCUGAUCAAUGAAAGCGAUGAAAGCCAGGAGUAAGCUUAAAUAGAAUGAUAUGUUACUUGUUAAUGUUAUUCAAUUUUUUGUGCCCUAAGUUUAUGCCAACGGUCUACCUGUUCAUACACUUUCUAUUUACAUAGACUUUGUUUCCGAUUGAUACAACUGACUGUAAGCUAUUGCUAAUUUCAAACCUUAAGGUUUAAAAUAAAUAAUAAAGCGUCUUUUGUUUUAGUGUGAGGAUUUUAUAUAAUAAAAAGAAAAUUACAUGGUCACUUGGAGCCACGAAAUUUCAACACUCGAAGAGAAAUUUCGAAAUUUUCUCUCUCUCAUGAAUGUGAAAUUUUGGAAUUUCUAGGUUCUACAUGGUAUAAAAUAUGGAAAUUUCGUUAUUGCGAAUGUUAAAUAUUAGAAUUUAUAUGUGCUGGAUAAUAUCAAAUAAGGAAAUUGAAUUAAAUUUAAUUUAAAACUUUUACAUUCUUGGAAAUUGUCAAAUAACAAUAUUUCUAUACUUUGCAUUAUGUCAAAUACUGAAAUUUCCUCAUUAUCAAUGUAAAAUAUUAAAAUUUCUAUACUCUGUCUGAUAUCAAUUAUAAAUAAGAGCAAAAGCAAAACAACACAAAGCAAAAACAACGGGUUGACAUACCUAUAUGUACGUAACGUAUUAGCUUUUUUAAAAAAUCAUAAUUUAUCUCCUAGGAUAUUUCCCUAGAAUCUAACGUGAAUCACGGAAAUUAAAUCUGAAAAUCCUUGGGAGCUAUAACUUUCAAAUUUCCUCAGAUUUAAGAAAAGCUUUUAAAUAUUCAUAUAUACCUAGUUUGUCAGUGAAGUUCGCUUAUUUUAUUCUUUUCCGAAAAUAAGUAACUUUCAAUAUUCUCUCUUUUACCUAUAAAAUGAUCGAGUUGCUAUUAUGUCAGUAAUGACAGAUAUUAGAAGCCAUUUUUACCAAGUUAACAGAUUUUAUAUUUCGAGUAAAAACACAUAAUAUGACGAAAUAAAAAGCAUUUUAACAACUUUAUAUAUAUAUAAAAAAAAACGAAAACCCCGUCGAGGAGAACCCGGGGACUGAGCCUGUCAAUAAGACAAAUAAUUAUUUAGGGAUAUUAUGUGGACCAUUCAGAUUGAAUCUGUAAGCCCUACUUAAAUCACUCUUUUGAAAGCAAUUAAGCUUUAAAGAUUAGACACGUUUUGACCAUCUGCAUGUAGAGCUUUGCGCUCCGAAUCUGGAAGUAACAGAGUCCUUUCAAUAACAAACAUUGUCGACGCAUUAAAAGAGCCGAAAAAGAAUUGAACAGUAACGGAGAUAUUCAGUCCCAAACAGCAGCGAUGAAUUUCACUAAUACCUCGGCCACUAAGGAUAUUGCUAGUUGUCGCGUGGCGAAAGAGCUGUAUUUUUGGGAGUACAUCCUUGCUACUUUGCCUGUUAUCGCGCUGAAUUUAGGAUCAUGCCCUAUUAUCAUCUUGAUGAAUGCGUUAGUUAUCAUCGCCAUAAAAACAAGACGCCGAUUACAGUCCAACUACAACAUACUACUGGCCUGUUUAGCGGGAACAGAUCUGGCAGUCGGCUUAGUUUCACAACCAUUAUUCAUCGCUCAAGAAAUCUUCUUUCUGUCAGGUGCAUCGGUGGAGGAUUACUGCCACUUUUACAGGAAGACCGUAUUCUUUUGUCUUUUCCCAAGUAUUGAAUCGUUGCUGAUCUUAGCUUUACUGAGUAUCGAGCGGUAUAUAGCCAUAAAGUUCUCACUAAGAUAUGCUAGCCUCAUAACCACACCUAGGUUAAUUGGCGCUGUACUCUGUAGCUGGAUUAUCUCAGUUAUUUCUGUAAUUUUAUGGUUAAUACCGGUAACAUAUUCAUUUGCUGAAGUGUUCGUUUAUGUAACUGUCAUCCCAGCCAUUGUUAUUAUUGUAUUCUGUCAUGCGACAGUUUAUCUUGUUUCACGCCGACAUAUGCGUCGCAUAAAAACAGAACAACUUCCAAGCGAAACUAAGACUAAAUUUGUAGAGGAGAAGAAAGCCAUAAAAACUACAAGUAUAAUUAUCACGUUCGUGUUCCUUUCGUUUGUGCCAUCACUUUUGUACGGGAUAUUUUCCCGCGAUAUACGGCAGACGAAUCUGAGGGCUCUCGUUUUGUCGUGUAUUUUCCUAAACUCGCUCCUUAAUCCUGUUAUUCACUGUUGGAGAAACAAAUAUCUACGCAAAGGUAUGAUGGAACUGCUUAAAAUGAGACAAAAUGAAAACUAA